GUUACUAAUAAUAAAAGGAUGUCAUAAGAUUAUUUCCAUUAGUGUAUACGUGGGAAGUAGGUGACGCCGUUAAAGUUAUUGAAGGGAAAGUGAAGUUGCUUUUUGUAUUAUAUAGUAAAGUAAAGUAAUAGUAAUAGUAAUAUUAUUACACUUUCCUAUGGAUGCAGUAACGUUCGGCAUCAUCGUCGGAAUAAUAAUCCUCUUCUUCAUCAUCGUUUGCUUCAUCACCAUCGAAGGCACCUGCAAACGCCGCUCCUCCUGAUAACAACAAUAAUUCAACCCAAAAUGACGUCGUUUCAUCACCGUAAAACCCAGAUCUACACCUCACUCCUACUUUUGCUCAUAACCGUUUCGUUCAAUUCGAGUUUCGGUCACCAGUGUCAGCACUCACAUGAAUCCCAUAAUCAUGUUCAUGCUCAUCAUCAUCACCAUCAUCAUGAUGAUGGGUAUGCGGAUUUGGGGGUGAAGAAGUUGCCGGAAGAAUUGGCGGAAGAGGAGGAUCUACGGUUGGAAAAUAAUCAAUUUAUGUCACGAAUUGAUCAUGGCUAUGAUCAUGGUGUUGGGCUUUGGAUUCGUGCAAUGGGGUGUUCACUGUUGGUGAGCUUGGCUUCUUUAAUAUGUUUGAUUUUACUGCCUUUGAUAUUCUUUCAAGGGAAGCCUUCAAAGGUUUUUGUUGAUUCACUGGCUGUGUUUGGGGCGGGAGCGAUGCUUGGGGAUGCUUUCCUUCAUCAAUUGCCGCAUGCGUUUGGUGGUGGACAUUCGCAUUCGCAUGACGAUUCUCAUGAGCAUUCUGGGCAUGAUCACUCCCAUUCACAUUCCGAUUCACAUUCACAUUCUAUCGAAGAUCUCUCAGUUGGAUUAUCCAUUUUGUUUGGAAUUGUAGUUUUUCUUCUUGUGGAAAAGAUUGUGAGGUACGUCGAAGAAAGGUCAGGCGGAACCGAUUCAUUGGGUCAUGGUCAUCAUCAUCAUCACCGUAACCAUAAGAAGACUGAUACGUUGCAGGAUACAUCAGAAACGACAUCUGUUGAAUCUUCAGAACCAGAAAAACAAAGUGAAUCUCUUCUUCGCAAGAGAAACAUUAGUAGUAACGGUGCUGGAGAUUCAGCUGCUGAAAAUGGAACGGAAAGUAAUAUCGAACCCGUAAUUAAGAAGGAACCUGAACCACAGUCGUCAAAUCUGGUGUUCGGUUAUCUUAAUCUGAUCUCUGAUGGUGUACAUAAUUUCACUGAUGGCAUGGCUUUAGGAAGUGCUUUUCUUUUAUACGGGUCUGUCGGUGGAUGGUCAAGAACGCUAUUUCUACUGGCACAUGAGCUUCCUCAAGAGAUAGGUGAUUUUGGAAUCUUAGUGAGAUCCGGUUUCAGUGUAUCCAAAGCCCUCUUCUUCAACUUCCUUUCAGCAUUAGUGGCAUUAGCAGGAACCGCAUUGGCGUUGUCAGUGGGUCAGGAUCCAGGGCAAUCAUCUUUGAUCGAGGGGAUUACGGCAGGUGGAUUCAUAUACAUAGCAGUAGGGGUGAUGGCGGAGAUGAACAAUGGCAGCACCUCGUUGAAAACUAGUGUUAUACAGUUAAUUUCAUUGGUAGCGGGUAUGUCGGUUGCCCUAUUUAUAUCGCUUAUCGAAUGAGCUAUUUUGAUUUUAAUGUAGAAAGGCUAGGGAAGCAAAUGUACAAGCUGGUUUCAAAUUCGUGUUUGUUUGAAAAUGAUUUAUAGCAAUUUUUUUUAAUACUUAUAGAGGUUUUUUUAGGGUAUGUUAUGACGCUUAAAUUCCAACUU